GAAUUCAUACUAUUCUGCAUCAAUGUUUGUUCUUGCUUUAUUUAAAUUAUUAUAUUUGAUCAAUCAAUAUAUAAUCGAUAAUUUUGAAAUACAAGGUCAUCUUUCAAUGAUGUUAAAGUAAAAUAUUAUAUUUAAUCAAUCAAUAUAUAAUCAAUAAUUUUGAAAUAUAAGAUCAUAACAAGAAUUUAAUUUAAUUAUAUCCAUUUCUUAUAUAAGAUUCAUGUAUUUUAUAACAAUUAUAUUAUCUUUAGUAAUAUAUUUAUUUUUAUUAAAUUUUAUUAAGAUUUCUAGUACAUUGAACUACUGUAACGAUAAUAGAAGUCUCAUAUAUAAUAAUAAUAAUAUUGGUUUAGACGAGUGCUAUAAAUUACAAUUAAACUUAGCUAAACAACGUCAUAUUAUUAAACUUAUUAAAUAUAAUCAAUUCACAAAUAUACAAUUAACAUGUCAUCUAUGUUCAAAUGAAAAUAGAACCAAUUUUCAAUGGUUUCGUAUAACACGUAAAAAAUAUAAUCAAACCAUAUUUCUAUUCAAUAAUAAAACAUUCUAUGAUCAUAAAUGGAUAUUAGAUCAAAAUUUAUAUGAACCAAUUAUAAGUAAUAUAAUAACAAAUGAUCCAUGUAUCAUGAAUAAUACAAAUGAAUUAAUUUAUGAAAAAUUUGAUCCAUUGAAUGAUUCUGGUACAUAUAUAUGUCAAUCAUUAUAUAAUAAUAAACAUCCUACUAAUUUUAUAUGGUAUCAUAUAGAUUAUAUUAAUCUAUAUCAAAAUAAAUUAUCUCAAUUCAAUAUAUCAUCAAUCAAUAAAAUUGUUACUACCUAUCAACAAUUAAUAAAAUUACAAAAAAAUAUUAAAAAACAAAUUUAUUUACUAAAUUCAUUUUAUAAUCAAAAAUUUAAUUUAUUAUCUAUAAUAAUUAAAUUUUAUCAUAAUUUAACACAAUAUACAUAUUGUAAUAAUAUAUAUAAUAUACAAAUUAAUUAUAUUUGUUAUAUACGUAUACCAAGAAAAUUAUUAUUAUUAUAUAAUAAUAUAGAUGAAAUACAAUUAAUUUAUUUUAUUUUAUUUAAUGGUUUUUAUCAAUUUGGACAAUUUUAUGAUGAUGAUAAUAAAAUUAACCAAUCAAAUUUAAUAAAAAUAUAUAAAAUUUUUUAUGAAAAUUUAGCGAAUCAAUUAAAUUUUAAAUUAUUUUUAAAUAAAACAUAUUUAUAUAUACCAUGUCAAUAUAAUUUUUUUAAACAAUUACCUAAUUUAAAUUAUACUUUUCAACCAUUAAAUAUAUUAAAUUAUUAUAUAAUUAUUAAAUAUAAAUUGAAUUGUAAACAAUUAAAUAAUAAAAAAAUAAUUAA